CCCUAAAGUUAGCUUCCACAGUUGCUGACCGUACAAACUGGUUUUCUUUUCUUUUCUUUUGAGGUUGCACGGGAAUUGCUGGAGAAACAAUGCAAGAGCCCCCCAGAAAUGAAAUAGAGUCACCUCUGCAACACGUCGACGACAAGGACGACGACGACAUCGAGUUAGACACCUUACAGGACAUUCUAGUCACGCCCCGGGCAAGCUAUAGGACGGCCGAAUAUGACUCGCAGGACUUUGACGACGAUAUAGAGUACAGAAGCGAUGGCAGCGCCGCUCUACUGGGCUCAGGUGGAAGAACUAGGGGAAACGAACGGAUACCUUCCGGCGGAGGAAGGGUCUGGCCACAAGUUGGCAGCAUUGUUGCAGAAUGUGCACCCACGCUUCUUAUGACUACCAUAAGCCUCCUAUUUACCGGGGAACUCCUUGACCGUGUGUCACGUUGGCGGGCAAUGCGCACCAUUGACGAGCUUAUAAUGAUCGUUCCUGUUGUCUUAAAUCUCAAAGGCAACUUAGAAAUGAAUCUCUCUGCCAGAAUGGGAACUGCGGCUAAUAUGGGCGAACUAGACGACAGGAACGCACAACUCAAAAUCGUGGGUGGUAAUUUGGCACUUUUACAAGUGCAAGCGACUGUCGUCGCAUUUGUGGCAGCUUGUGUCGCAAUGCUUCUUGGUCUUUUCGUCCCAGAGCUCUCUUCGGGUCCUGUAGACCCUUUUCCACAGAACAGCACUAUAUCGCUUACUGCUAGGGUACCCCGGCCGCCGCCGCCUCUGGGUGGGAAACCGAAGUCGGGUUUAAUCGAAUUCACCAUGGUGGCCUCUUCAGCUAUGAUGUCAGCGUGUCUGUCUAGCAUUACCCUCGGUUCCUUCAUGUGUUUUCUUGUCAUCAUCUGUCGACGGUAUGGACGCGACCCAGAUAAUAUUGCGCCCCCGAUAGCAUCGUGCCUUGGAGACUUGGUCACGCUCAGCCUCCUUGGCGCCAUUUCCUCCAUCCUCAUUAAUGUCGUCAAUACUCCCAUUCCUCUCAUUUGUGUCGUGCUCACUAUUCUCUCCGCCACGUCAUGUGUGUUCCUGGUGAGGCGUAACAGCAGUGUCAAAGAUCUGGUUUACCAGGGCUGGGUUCCGCUUUUUGGUGCAAUGGUGAUUUCUUGUGCUACUGGUAUUGUACUUGAUAUGUUUGCUUCUCGUUAUCAAGGGUUCCCUCUUCUUGCUAUCGUCAUCAGUGGACUCCCUGGCAGCGUUGGGUCCAUAUUUGUCUCCCGACUGUCGACUGCUCUUCAUGCAGCAUCUGCGAACACAUCCCUGCACAAAAGCGAUCCUUCCCCGAAACUUGUCAUGGUCACGUUAAUUCUCAUCACAAUACCCAUAGAGAUUUUAUUCCUUUGUACUCUACGCGCAUUUGGGUGGCUAAAAUUACCUAUCAUAUUUGCCAUAUUAUCUGUAUUGUUCUUUUGUUGUGCAGUCUUCACCUCAUUAGUCGUAGCUCGGUUGUUGACUGGUUUCUUAUGGUCCAGAGACCUUGACCCUGAUACAUAUGCACUACCCAUCCACUCUGCCCUGAUGGAUCUAGUGGGGCAACUACUCCUUGUAUUGUGCUUCGAGAUCGUCUCGCUUUUGGGCACAAGCUUGUAAAUACUAAACAAAGCCCGACUAAUAUCAAUGAUUAUCCAAACGAUGACACCUCCCUCACC